AUGGGGAAGACAGAAGCUGGAGAUGAACCAGUGUCAUUUACAGAUACAAAUGCCGACACCGCCGCAGGAGGUAGCAAGGCUACAGGUUCAGCCAUGAUGGAUUUGAUUAGCGGCCUGCAAAAGGAAAAGGGCUCAACCACGGGAGGCUCAUCCACUACCAGCGGGUCAACAGUAAUCGCCAUAAUCUGGCUGGUUUCGCUAUUCGUUGUGUUUCUGAUUUGCGGAAUUUGGAGCGGUUUCGAUUUCAGUGCAACCAGUGACUCGGUGAAGGAUAAGAAAUAA